AGGACCGAGGUCGGGGACUAGUUCAAAGCCCAUUUUCGUCAAUCAGGCAAGACUUCGGUCGUCAGAGUCUUUCUGGAAAGCUGACGGGAGUCACUCAUCUUUGCAUUGCGCGGUAGGCGCCCGUCGUCAAUGCCUUCACGUCGCAGCCAUACAAAGUCCCGAAAGGGAUGCUUAGAGUGCAAGAGAAGACAUGUUAAGUGCGAUGAGGGGACUCCCAAGUGCACACUGUGCAAAAAGCGCAGACUGGAGUGCAGUUAUCCGCCCCCACAGAGUGACCUCGAUAGCUCUCAUGGCUCACCAUCAGGUCAAGAUGGCUCCGAGAGUGGCAAUCGAACGCCGGGAGGAGAUCAAUCAAUGCAAACGCGUAUGCUGGAGAUGAGACUCUUCCAUCAAUACCUGACAUCGACCUGCCACACACUUUCCCAGCAUGGACUCUCUGCAUAUCAUUUGUCUAUCAUCAUACCCCGGAUGGCUACCUCCUUUCCUUAUCUACUAGACAGCAUUCUUGCUCUUUCUGCUCUACACUUGGCUACUGUCGAAGUAGAUAACCGGUUGACAUGGCUAGAUGCUGCUGUGCGGUAUCAGAGCCAAGCAUGCUCUGGCAUGGGUAAAAUACUCCCGGACGUCACACCCGAGCAUUACGAAUCGGCCUUCGUAUCUUCGGUCCUUAUUUUCUUAUUCGCGACGGGAUUUCCUGGUAUUUCACCGGAAAGCAACCAAAAUAGCAGCCCAAUUUCUGAAGUCCUCGAAGGGAGGCGACUUAUCACGGGUACCGCCAUGCUCUUCGAGCGUUUCAAUGAAAUGGGUGUUGAUGCAAAACUGAGCGGUUGGCUUUGUGUCCCAGACACGGAAGAAAGUCUCGAGAAGAACGAGGAGAAUAGUGAUGACUCCUCGGAUGACGACGCCAAGAAAUUACAUGAUUUGCACAAAAGCAUCAUGGAAUCACUUGAGAAAUUACGAGUCACAAUUGGGGCAAAUGGAAAUCCCAACAAAGAGCUUUACCAGACGAUAUGGCAGCUUCUACAUAACUCGAUAGAGCCAUGGCCCAAGAUCGGGCCGCAUGGGGGAGUGAUCGCAUGGCCACUCUUUAUCCCCGAGGCAUAUAUUUCAUUACUCGAAAGUGGUGACUGGGUCGCCCAAAUACUUUUCCUGCAUCAUGCUGUUGCGUUACGGCUGAUGUGCAACCGAUGGUAUGUUCGUGAUCGGGGUCGCAGGCUGGUUCUUGCAGCAUUAGAGAAAUUGGAGGAGAUACCGUCUGAGUGGACGGAGACUAUCUCUUGGGUCAAAAGGGGUGUUGGGAUUGACACGUCGCUCGUUGCAUAG